AUGAAAUUAUCAUUCAUAGUUAAAUGGAAGGAUAAUGUUGAGCAUGAAGUGACUCGGGAAGAUAUAAUUCCAUAUAUUGGGAUGAGUCGAGUAUCAAGCGGAGAAUAUGUUGUUACAUCUUUUGUGAGAGAUCAUAAUCACGAGCUUGAACCUCCUAAAAGUAAGCAUAAAUUACCAUCUCAAAGGAGGAUUUUAGUUGCUCAAGCCACGGAGGUUGAAAUGGCAAGUCGAUCUGGUAUUCGUCAGAAGUUAAUUUUUGAACUUCUAAGUCGCCAAGUUGGAGGAAGAGAGAAUGUUGGUUGCACUGCUAAAGAUAUUAGCAAUCAUUUGAGUUCUAAGAGGAUGAAGGAAAUGGAAGAAGGUGAGGCAUACACUAUGCUCCAUUAUUUUAAAUCAAAGCAAACAGAGAAUUCAUCAUUUUUUAAAGAUAUUCAACUUGAUAUUGAUAACCAAAUAACAAAUAAUUUUUGGGCGGAUGUUAAAAUGGUUGCGAAUUAUGAUCAUUUUGGAGAUGUAGUGUAUUUUGAUACUACUUAUCGCACUAAUCGAAAUUUACGACCAUUUUCUCCCUUCGUUGGAUUCAAGCAUCAUCGAGAAAGUGUCUUAUUUGCUGCUGCGUUGUUGUACGAUGAAACAACUGAAUCAUUUGGGUGGUUGUUUAGAACUUUUCUUAAGGUUGUUUGUGGUAAAAAGCCGAAGACUAUUUUCACAGAUCAAGAUCCUGCAACGGGUAAGGCAAUUUCAGAGGUUUUUCUGGAAUCAUAUCAUCGUUUAUGUGUGUGGCAUUUAUUACAAAAUGCACUAAAAAAUGUUAAUCAUGCCUUCAAAAGAUCAAAUUCUUUUGCUAAAGAGUUGCGAAGUUGUAUUUAUGAAUGUCAAUAUGAGAAUGAUUUUAUUAAUGCUUGGGAGUCAUUACUUGAAAGACACAACCUUCAUCAAAAUAAAUGGAUGCAAGAUUUCUUCAAGAAGAAAGAAAAAUGGGCUUUAGUAUAUGGAAGACACAGUUUUUCUGCUGGUGCUACAACAACACAAUUAAGCGAGAGUUUUAAUGGUCAUUUCAGGCUUUACAUGAAGCCCACCUUCAAUAUAUUAGAAUUUUUCAGGAACUUUGAUAGGUUGCUAGAAGACAUGUGA